AUGGAGUUUGGAGACAAAGUAAUUCCCUACGAUCAUGUCAUCAUAAAGACAAUGCAUUCGUUUAUAUUCACAAACCUCAGGCCUUUUCUUCCCCUUCACAUACUUGUAUCUCCCAUAUCUAAAAAGCAGAGGAUAUAUGAGUUAACGAAUGAGGAAACAUCCGACCUAUUCAACACAGUAAGAGUUGCGAUGUUAGGUCUCAAAGACCUAUGCGAUGGAUUUACAUUAGGUGUCCAAGAUGGUUCCUGUGCUGGGCAGACGGUGUUUCAUGUUCAUGUCCAUAUAGUUCCCAGGGUAGUUAAAGAUCUUGAAAGAAACGAUGAUAUAUACGAAAAAGGCGCUUUGGAUUCUGCCGACAGGCCGGCAAGGGAAUACGAUGAGAUGAAGAAGGAAGCUGCAAAGCUUAGAAAAAUCAUAGGGAGAGCCUUUGACUCUGAAGGAUUAUAUUAUCAGAACAGCUUUGAAUGA